AUGAAAUCAUUUGUGUGUUACGUCGGUCUCAUCGUGGCCUUGGCUCUGCAGCUGCGGGCCAUCCAGCUCAAUUCUAACAGCCUCAACCCAGUCUCAUACGUCGAACUUGGCAACCACCUUUCGAACAAAGUGGGAGCGCAAUGGAAAAGUCAUUUAGACUCAUUCGUAGAUGUCGUGUCUACCAGAAUUGUCGACAGAUUGGAGAAUGAUAUAUCAAAUGGUGCAGGCGCGGAGAACAUGAUGAUUCUUCUCGAGAACAAUGCUGAGCUCUUCGACACGGCAUCAUAUAAAGGCCAUAACAUUGCACUCAUCGAAGACGAGUUUAUCAAAAAAUUGAAAGAAAAAUUCCACGCCAGCAAAUUCGGAAAGGGUUUAAAAAAGUUUGGAGCCAAAGUUAAGUCAAAACUAUCAGAUUUGUACAAAAAACACAAACAUAAGCUGAAGCAUUUCCUUAAAGUUAUGAUCACUGGUUUGGUCAUCCCAUUAGCGGUUAAGUUCAUCCGAAAGCACCUAAGCUUGUGGAGAAAAAAGACGUUAGAAGUGACCAAGAGGCUUGACGAGGAUGCAAGAAGCGUAGCCAACCCCGUUAUAAAUGCGCUGUAUGACCAGUUUUCGCAAAAAUUGGAAGAGUACGCUGCGGAGAACGAAUUAAACGCCAAUCAAGAAAUGAAAAUAAUGGACCAGUUGCAGUCGGAGAAGAAGAGCAUUGAGAAUAUCGAAAAGCAGGAGAAGAAAAUCAUGAAGCAGUAG